AUGAUCAUUCCUAUUCGUUGUUUCUCCUGUGGUAAAGUUGUGGGUGACAAGUGGGAAGCCUACUUGGAGUUGUUACAAGAUGAAUCCAUGACCGAAGGUGACGCUUUGGAUGCCUUGAAAUUGUCCAGAUACUGUUGUAGAAGAAUGGUGUUGACCCAUGUUGAUUUAAUCGAGAAGUUCUUGAGAUACAAUCCAUUGGAGAAGAAGGAGAUAAGUUAA